CCGAUCGGGCCGAGUCGGAGAGCUACGUCACCUGGAAGUCACUGCGCAAUGCAAGAUUGGGUGUAUGCCCAACAUGCGGUAAUGGCUGUAUAUAGAGGGCUCAAAUGAUGGAAGUAGAUGUUGCAGGAUUUGAGGAUAACAAAUUGACCCGUCUUCAACUCUCUACACAAUGUCGUCCAUCAAACCCGGCCAAGUUCAGGCUCCACCAAGCAUCACAUCUCUGAAAGGCACAGAAUGGACCAAGCCAGAAUAUACGCUGCCCCUCCCUGCCCUUGAGUUCCUAUUCCAUCUAGAAUGCGACAUGGAGUCGUUCCGCCAUAUUGGCGAAGGACCCUAUGGUGACCGCAGCACUGUCAUUUUCAAAGGUGGUCGUUUCGAAGGGCCGAAGUUGAAAGGCGUCAUUCUUCCAGGAGGCGGCGACUGGGAGAUCGUGCGCGACCAUGGUGACCAGCAGACUGCACACCUUAACACCCGGUACAACCUCCAGACCCAUGACGGCGCGAACAUCUAUCUCCAGACUACUGGCACACGCACAGGUCCUCGUUCCGUCCUGGAGAAGCUUGGCGAAGAUACGUCGAUCAAGCCCGACCAGUUCAAGAUGCGCCUGCAUCUUAUGAUGGAGACUGGUGAUCCCAGGUACAGCUGGGUGAACAGCGGUGUGUUUAUUGCAAGCUCGGGCAGAGUCGGGAGUCAGGUAAUCUACGAUGCGUAUGAGGUGCUAUAGCUCUUCCGUAGCUUCUCGGUCC